AUGAGAUUCUUCUCAGUACUAUCCACAGCAUUAUUGGUUGGAUUCUGCUAUUGUGUUCCUCCAAAUUAUGACUAUAAAGAUCAGGGAGGAGUUGCUGGACCUAAGAUAGUAAAGCUCAACGUUAAUGAUAUAGACACUAAUCUCUUCUCCACUGAGGAGUCAUUUCCUGAAGGAGUACCUCUAAAGACUGUUACUCCAAAGGAUGGUGUCCUCAUAUCCUCUGUUAUGGAUGGAAAGAUGGAAGUGUAUACUGUCCCGAGGGAUCAAGUUUGCUACCUCUGCGAGCUCCAUUCCGAGGAUGGCUACAAACUGCUAAGAAUACACUCCCAUAAAGACUAUAAAAUUGAAUUCCACUAUUUUGAGAAUGAAGGCUCUGGAUGGAGUACUCUGAAAAAAUAUGAAUUUGAAGAAAGACUUGAGAAAAUGCAGUAG